GUGAUAUAUAAUGCUGGUGGUGUGAUAAAUAAUGCCGAUGGUGUGAUCAAUUAAACUGAUGGUGUGAUGAAUUAAACUGAUCGUGUAAUGAAUAAUGACGAUGGUGUGAUACAUGAUGCUUGUAGUGUGAUGGAUAGUACUGAUGGUGUGAUUUAAUAAUACUGAUGGGGCAUGCUGUUGGUGGAAUGGAUUUUGCUGAUGAUGUGACAAGUAUGAAUAAUGAAACUUCUGGUAGAAAUAUUGUUGGUUUUCAGAGACCACCAAGUGGCCAUAAUGAAGAACAUAUUUGUGAUAUAUGCUAUAAAAUGUUCAAAUGGAGGUCCAAGCUUGUGGAACAUUACAGAAUUCAUACUGGAGAAAAGAACUUCAAAUGUAAUGUUUGUUUUAAAACAUUUAUGCACAAGUCUUAUCUUACAAAACACUUUAAAAUUCACACGGGAGAAAAAAACAUCAAAUGCCAUAUUUGUUCUAAAACAUUUAUGCACAAGUCUUAUCUUACAAAACACUCUAAAAUUCAUACUUGAGAAAAAAAAACUUUAAAUGUGAUGUUUGUUUUAAAACAUUUAUGCACAAGUCUUACCUUACAAUACACUCUAAAAUUCAUACUGGAGAAAAAACUUCAAAUGUGAUGUUUGUUCUAAAUUAUUUGCAGAUAAGUCUAAUCUUAAUGCACACUAUAGAAUUCAUACUGGAGAAAAGCAUUUCAAAUGUAGUGUUUGUUCUAAAGCAUUCAUGCACAAACAUUGUCUUACAAAACACUUUAAAAUUAACACGGGAGAAAAAAACUUCAGAUGCAAUAUUUGUUCUAAAACAUUUACGUACAAGUCUAAUCUUUCAAAACACUUUAAAAUUCAUACAGGAGAAAAAAACUUUAAAUGUGAUGUUUGCUCUAAUUUAUUUGCAGAUAGGUUUAAUCUUAACUCACAUAAUAGAAUUCAUACUUGAGAAAAGAAUUUCAAGUGUGAUGUUUGUUCUAAACUGUGUAUGCACAAUUCUAUCUAAACAUACAUUAUAUAAUUCAUACUUGAGAAAAAUACCUGUGUUUUGUUUCUUCUAAAACAUUUGUGUGAACGUCUUCUCUUAAUAAAAUUCAUACUGAAGAAAUGAA